GACAGUACAAAAAAAUGACAGUCGGUGUGCAAAGCUGUGGAUGGAGAGGCGUGAGACUUGUAAUCGAAUAAAUGUUUCGAUUUUAUUAAUUUAAUUAAUCGUGCAAUAUAAUUAUCAAUUAAUUGAGAGGUUUACGAAGUGAUUUGUUAUUUUCAAUCGAUAAAAUGAGUGCCUCCAAUGGAGAAAAGAAACAAAUUCGUGUGUGGUGUGAUGGGUGUUACGACAUGGUGCAUUUUGGUCAUGCAAACUCCUUACGGCAAGCGAAAGCACUUGGCGAUGUGUUAAUAGUCGGAGUGCACACCGAUGAAGAAAUUGCAAAACACAAAGGACCCCCUGUUUUUACACAGGAGGAGCGGUACAAGAUGGUGAAGGCUAUAAAAUGGGUUGACCAGGUUGUUGAGGGAGCACCCUACGUCACAACCCUUGAGACACUGGACAAAUAUCAGUGUGACUUCUGUGUACAUGGAGAUGACAUCACAGUAACUGCAGAUGGAAUUGAUACAUAUCAUUUGGUCAAAAAUGCAGGCAGAUAUAGAGAGGUGCAAAGAACUGCCGGAGUAUCAACGACGGAUCUCGUGGGGCGGAUGUUGCUGCUCACCAGAGAACAUUUCAAGAGAGGUGACAAAGAGUACUCCGUGGCGUUGGAGCACUCGUCAAAUCUCGGCACAGAUCGCACGGCGCGGUCACCUUACACUGGGUGCUCGCAGUUCCUGCCUACUACGCAGAAGAUCAUACAAUUCAGUAGUGGUCUCUCACCGAAGCCUACAGAUAAGGUGGUGUACGUAGCGGGCGCCUUCGACUUGUUCCACGUGGGACACCUGGACUUCCUCGCGGCGGCGCACGAGCAGGGCGACUUCAUCAUCGUGGGGCUCCACACCGACCUCGAGGUCAACCGCUACAAGGGCUCCAACUACCCCAUCAUGAACCUGCACGAGCGGGUUUUAUCCGUGCUUGCUUGCAAGUACGUUCACGAGGUGGUAAUCGGUGCGCCUUACUCGGUGACGGCGGAGCUGAUGGACCACUUCAGGGUGCAGGUGGUGUGCCACGGCGACACCGCCAUCGCGCGCGACGCGGACGGCGCCGACCCCUACGCCGUGCCCAAGCGGCGCGGCUGCUUUAAGAUUAUCAAAUCCGGCAACUCCAUGACAACAGAAGACAUCGUGCAACGAAUAAUCAGCCACCGCCUCGAGUUCGAGAUGAGAAAUACGCGCAAAGAGCACAAGGAGAUCGCGGCCAUGAAGGCCAUACAGAGCGACCACCUCAAGCAGAACGGCACGUGUUUACAACAGGAGAGUUAGAGUCAGCAAUACUAAGAGAUACCCCACACUAGCGGCGGCAUCUAGUCAGCGCUAUGGAAAAUGGCGUUACUGCGUAGUUGCGUCGAGCAGCCUUAGAGUUGGCUAGACGCCGAUGCUCGGGAAACGCCAGUGUGGGGUCACCUUAAACAUAAACCUCUGAACUGUAAUAGACAACUAAUUUGAAGUUUAACUUACAGCCGGAGAAGGGACCUGUUAAAAAGCCCUUGAUUCGGUAAAAAUCGCAAGAAUAUAUGGGUUAUUAUUAGGCUUUUUUCAAGACACUUUCUGCCAUCUUUCUACUAAGAGGGACAGGGAAAUGAAAUAAGAUAUACCCUUAAAGCCUAUUACAUUAGACUUUUCGCCGGAGAUCUAACUACCUUUCUCUGUCGCUCUUAGAAAAAUGUGUGAAAAGAGGUAGAUGUCUUAGGUAAUAACCUAAUAACCCCUAUGUUCUAGAACCCUGAAGUGGACGCCUUUCGGCUGAUAUUAUGAUGAGGCUUAAACAAUUUAGUUACAAUUCACUAGGCCUGCGAAUCCGCAGCACGCCACCGUUGUGGGUGGUAACGCAAUAUGCAAAAGGAUUUUUUUAUUAAUGUAAAUUAGGUCCCCGGUGAGCUAAUAGUUUAUUCGUUUUAGCUAAUUUAGUAUAAUAAGUGAAAUCGGACAUGAACUAGAACAGUAGCUUUACUUGAUGGUCUAGCUAGCUAAACCAAAAACACAACAAAAAUCACAAUAUUAACGAAUAAAAUUGGCUUUAAAUUUUGAUGCCUUGGAAGGAGGAUACUUGAAAGAGUUCAUGUACUUUUACUAGAUAACCGAAAACAUUAUUCGAAACAUAUCUCUCGUAUUUCAUUGCAAUCAUCAUGUGUAUAUCGAUUGAAUAGCGUGAAUACCAUCUGCUUACUAUUCUGAUUGCCUGUUACUUGUAUAUGAUUGUCUGUUACAGUUCAGUUGUUAGUGAUACAUCUAGUACUCGUUACCAAAAAUAUAAAUGAUUGCUAUGUAGACAAAUUAAUAGAAUAGUUUUAUUUCAAUACAACAUCCGCGUAAAACUAAAUGGCAAUAGACAAACCAAAGUUGUCGGAACUGUGUUAAAACGCUUUUGAAAAGUUUAUUUGCAAUGUAGGUAAAUCAUGUAGAUAAAAUUAACUGUUUAUUUAUUGGGUUUGGAUGCGUGAAGGAAAUUGUUGCUUGUUCUGCACUACCUAGAACCUAGUCUUAUGUGAAGCAACUAGGUCUUACAGAGUAAACCGAGAGGGAAAGAUCCGUUCAAAAUCUGGGGAAGUUUUCUGGAAAAAAUUACCUUAGAAUACAUUGUGUUUAUAGUAAAACAACCUAGUUUUCUAAAUACACUAAAAUCACUUCUAAAAUCAUGGUUUAAAGUGUGUUAUCCCCUGUUCGCAUAGAAAAUCUUAAAAUCAUAUCUUGUUAUUUGUAAAGUUGUACGCGCUCAAACGGCAAGACUUCUUUCGUCUGGUUGAGUGGUAUAUCAUAUUCAUAUACUAAUAUAAUGUAUAAUAAUAGAAUUAUCAUGAAAUAUAAAGCUUCUAGCAUUUGCUGCAAUUUAAUGUCAAAUUAAAAUAUUAAAUUGCACCAAACUUCAAAUAGGUAGAUGAUUACAAACCAUUGAAAAAUACAAAUUUGAGAUUCUUUAGUUAGUGGAACUAAUCUCUAUCAACCCCUUGAGCCCCGUGAUCGCGAUAUCUCACACGCGAAAUGUAUGAACAGUGGAAAACCCCUGGGAUUAAGAAGUUUCUAACAUUGUCUAAGGCUGUUAGUUGAGGGGUUAAAUUAUAAAUAAUCAAUAUUUAUUGAAACACAUGAUAUUACUCAAUUCGAUUCCAGUGUUUGCCCGCCUAAGUAUUUAUUUAUAAUAAGAUUUGUAAUUAUUGCCAAGUUUUUGCCUAAUUUAUGUUUAGGUAAUUUCGAUUUACUAUUUUCACUAGCAUAAACUUAUUUUACUGUUGUUGUGUGGCUGUAUGUAUGGCAUCAAUCAACAUUUAUUGUUGAAGGUGUUUAGGUAAGGAAGGGCUUUUAAUUAUGUCUUUCUUGUUUAAUAUUAUAUUGUAUCUUGUACUUUAUAUAAAUAUUAGGUCUUUACUAUGUUUAAAAUACAAUUAUCUGCAUUUUUCAGUCUUAAUUAAAGUGUUUUGUUUGUUAUAUACUGAUCGUUUUUUGACGCUAGACUCCUUCAAUGUAUUUUAUCUAAUUUAUAAAUUAUGUUAUAAAAUGAAAAUAAUGUGCAUAUUAUAAUAAUACACUAUACAUUA